GCACAACCGUGUAUGUAAUAAUCAGCAGUGAGCACAACUCGUUGUGAAGCUUUCCAUUCCGAAAUCAUCUAGCAGUAUGCAAGCGGGGUCUUGCAGCCAGAAGAAAAAGAUGGUUCGGCGCCGAGCCCCUCGCGCCUCUGCCUGAGCAAGCAGAUGCGCAGGGGCAGGGCUGUGGUACGGCUGCCGGGGCUGCGUAGCAACCCGUGCUGGGUACUGCGACGUUUUUGAUCACCCCUACAGGAAAUAAGGCAUUCCCAGUAGAGAGAAUGCAGCGUCUUCUUCGCCUAGCAUGUCCGGUGCUCUGCUUCCUGCUGCGGGAAUGCGGUGGGAUCGGGUUUCAAAACCUUGCGCCCCCAAGCUACAAGUAUCGCGAGGCGAAAGAGGCGGCGAUGCGAGAGGCGGCGCUCCGGAACGCUGGGACGGCCAGAAAUGCUUUGAGUGAGAUCCUCACCGCGCUUUUUGAGGUGAAGGAAGCGAGCUUCAACCAGCAUGAAAAGGAGAAGAAAGCGUUCGAGAGGAAACAACGAGGAUGUGGGAGCAAGUUGCCGCAGUUGCAGUCCGGCCUGCUGAAAGGCGACCAGGCCGUGGUUGCGGCGAAAAAGGUGUUGAAGGACGUGAAGAAGGGACUGGAGAAGUGGACGGGGUUUUUGGAGAAAGUCAACGGGAAGAUCCAGGGUCAGGAGCGGGACUUGGAGCAAAAAAAGCGGGACCUGGCGGCGGCGAUUCGCAGCGUUGAGGGGGAGGAGCGGGAGAAGAAGCAUGUUUUAGCGGAGCUUUUACGCGCCGCAGAAAUGCAGCGAUCGCCGUCCUCGACGGCGCAGGACAAGAUCCGAGAAAUUUUGCAAGCUUUGAAGCUUCCGACGGACAAUCUGGGCAAAGUUGAGGAAUUUGCGGAAGACGCGGGAACGGAGCUCGAUGAGGUCCGGAAGAGAAAAAAAGACGCAAAGAAGGACCAGGAGGUGUUGCAUCAAGCACUCUUUGUUUUGUCGCAUCAUUUUGUGAAAAAUGUAUAAUGUGUCUUGCUCGAACUCGAACAAACCUCCAUCUUGGUAUGAGAAGAAACAAUCUGGAUGAUCAUGAUGCCUAGAUAAGACGCUCCUUCACAAAUACUAAAUCGAUAAAUGCACAAACCCCACCAGCUGGCCCUCCAUCAAGCGAAGCAAACCGCUGAGAAGCUGCAGGAGAGGAAGGAAGAAGCUCUGGCACAGAUCAAUCAGCUCGAGGAGCGGGCAGCGGGCGGCAAAGACGACCUGCGCAUGGCGGAGAAGCAGUUGGACCAACUGAGCAAGUCGGCGGAGGAUCAGGAGGUGCUUUGCGGCGUUGCCAAAUACGAGUGGGACCAGUCGACGAAGCAGUUCGCACAGCAGAUGAAGGACUUCUUUUUCGCGGAGAAGAUGCUCGGGAAGACGGAGGAAAGCGUCAAUUCAUUUUUGUCCCUGGAACAGCACGACAACGAACAGAUGAAGCUGAUGCGGGAGAACGCUGAGGAAACGACGAGCAGCACGAGUAAGCUAGACGGAGCGGAAACAAGCACUGUUGCUGCAGCGGCCGCGUCAUCUUCUUCUUCAACAAAACAGCAGAAGUCCAAUUCUCUUCUUCCCUGGAGGAAAAGCGAGACCAACGACUAUUUCAGCACUCACGACGUGAUGCCGUGGCUGCUGCACGGCGACCACAAAGUAGAAGAUCAUUCGAAAGACAACGCAAAGCGGGAAACGAAACUCGACGAAAGCAAAACAAGAGCGCAGUCGCCCCCUCCAGCAUCGAUUAGCACCAGCCCAAGCGCUGACAUUGACCGGUUGCAGAAGCAGAAGUUUCUGUUGACGGAUUCGGCGCUUUUGGACAAGGCGUUUGAUAUUGUCGAUAAUGUUGUGAAUGGACCGCUAGAGAAGCCGGUGAUGACUUCCGACACGAUUCCGUUUACAACUGUGAAGCUUGGAAACAGUGACAGUCAAGAAUCAGAAAAAAAAACACCACCUGCUGCUCCGACGUUCUUUCUGCAACUUGGGUCGAAAACGGCGACUGCCGCUGGUGCAACAGCUGAAGGAGCAAAAAAGCAUGAACAUCACGGGAGGAAGGCUGAGAACUUGCGCAACAUGGCAAACGCGGCUCUGGAUGCGUUGAGUCGACAAAGUCUUCCUUCUAACGAAGCUGCAACGACACAGUCGUUGAUCACAACUUCCGUAGAAGAUGACCUCGUCUCCCCCGCACAAGAAGAGGAGCAGCUGCAGAAGCAAAUCGAUGAGACGACAGGAGACACCAGCACAACGAAGUCUGUCGCACUCCUGCAGGCAGGCGCAGAUGGAAGGAAUAGGAAAACGAAUGACCAACAAGCUGGUGAACAAGACAGCAUUACAUCCCUGCAGUCGGAUGAACAAGAAUCCUUUAACUACACAGCUGAACGCGGCCGCGUCGAUCCCUCUUUCGACCGAUUGCAAGCCGCUGCUAAACCACUCGACCUGCUGCAAGCGGCGUUAUUGUCCCAGACCACCGCGGCCGGCCCGUUCGACAAGGUGAGGCGCAUGAUUACGGAUAUGAUCGGCAAGGUGAGGACGGAGAUGGCUGCGGCGCAGGACAAGAAGGCGAUGUGUGAAUCCGAGGCGGAGAAAAACCGCAAGCAGCGGUCAAAACUCCGCAAGGCGCUGACGGGCAUCGACCAACAGAUGAGUGUGGUAGACAAGACGCUGCGGGAGAACGGCCUGGCGCAAGACGACAACCGAAAUCAGAUGGCGAAGUACGACGUGGCCGUGCAGGACGCGAGCAACCUCCGGGCGGAUGACAAGCAAAUCUCCGACGGGUUGCUGCACGCGGGGAAAACGCAGUUGCAGAAAUUGGAUAGGGUCGUGCAGAAGCUGCGGGAGCUCUACGAGGACACUUUGGAGGACAUCCAUUUUGCGAAAGAGGCGAGGGUAUCAAAUGUAAAAAUGUCUGGGUCUGGAAGAAUGCAACUUGUCAUGCUAAAUCUGAAGCAUGUAAAAAUCUGUGUUGCAUGAUUACCAAAAGUCGUCCAGUUUUGACCAAGUCGGGAGGGAGUUUCUCAUGCAGGAUAGGCAUGAGAGAGAUCGCGCAGAAUCUGCCAUGCUAGGUUCUGCAUUCCAGACCUCAUGGGUCAUGGAAAAGCUGCAUGACAAAUCGCGCACUCUUCCAGAUCCAGACACUUUUGCAUUUGAUAGAGGGAAAAUGACGAAUUCGACUCGGAGGACUUCGUGCGCGGAAGGAGUGCGGACGUCGGCUUCUCCUUGGAAGACGUCAAAGCUGCGGAGGGCAACGGAGAGGAAGUAACAUCAAAUCCGCAUGAUCUCCUGCCGACCUUUGCUGCGCCGGUUGAAGCAGUGGGGGGCGGCGUGUCAAAUAAAUCAGAGGGGCGUGUGCAGGUCGUGCCUACGACUGCGGCUGGUGUAGUAUCCGCUCCAGCGAUCGCGCAAAGCGCUGGCCUAGCAGCCGAGAAUGUGCAAGCGGAGCGUGGUCGCAGUUUGCCGCCUGUUUCGUCGGUUGUACUCCCGGUACAGCCGUUGACCGCUGCUGUUGUUGGGCAGCAGGCAGCGCCAUUACCACAGCAAAUCCUGUCCCCAGUGCCGCAGCCGCAGACAGAAGUUUUUACACCAGUAGUAGAUCCUCGUGCCACCUCUCCGUCGUUUGAACUUGUCCCCCUCGCUCAGCUCCCGAUGCUGAACACCAUCGCUGCGCCGCCAGACUUGUCGCACGAUCUCGAGAGAAUGCUCGAGUCGUCCAAUAGGCUGGUGCAGUUCGGAAACAACGCGGCGAAGAGCAUUAUCACGAACCAACGUUCAUCUGUACGAGGAGCAACAAUGCAAAACACACUGACAUCCUCUUUCACGAGCUUUCUCCAACAAGCGCAGCAAUCAACCACGUCAACAUCUUUCGCCGCAGCGACGGCACUGUCGCGAAAAGCGGUCAAUGAGAAAAUUGAAGACGAGGUUCGGGAAGAAGAACAGAACCUCGAGCGGGAGGAGGAAAACCAAGAAUCCGACCAGUCGAUUGGUCUGCGCAUCAGCCCGGUCACCGUCGACAGCUGGCGGCGGGCGCUGGCGCUGGUGGAGAAAGUCGCCGAGAACCAGAUGCUGAAGCUGUUCGUGGUCCGUGGGGCAGAUUUGCGCGACCGGGCUCUGUUUGACCAGUUUGUCGCCACGCAGAAGCUUGCGAAGGCGGAGCUGGAGAAAAGCAACCUGUUUUUGCAACGACGCAUGGAGAAACAAAAAACCUUGUUGAAUAACCUCAACACCGACCGGGAGGAGAAGCUGAAAGAGCUGAGCUACGUGGAAAACUACUCGCUGGAACUGAAGCAGACCUGCGCUGGACCCAGUGCGGAGGAGGCGAAAAAACGCAGGGAGCAAGAGAUCGAUGGUCUCAAAGACGCGCUCAGCAUUCUCAGUGGCGAAGAGGCGGCGUGAUUUUGCAUUUGCUGAGCUGCUCUGUUUUCUUUUCCCAACUUGAACUUUUGCACAUCGAGAUCGAUAUACGUAAAACUUCGCGAAAAAAAUAAAAAAAUAUAUGCAACUUGCACAGUUUUGUUUGCUG